GAGAAAUAUCCAAUUGUAAUUGAGUUUAAGGCCAUAUUUUGGCUAGCUGUUAAACAUGGCGUACAAAUAAAGCCAGGCAAAGUAUUAUCAUCUGUGUGAUGUUUUAAAUUAUAAUCUAGUCGGGAAAACAAUAAAGCAACUGAUGAGCUUACUAUGGUCUAAGUAUGGGUGACAAAAAUAUUAGUAGCCUUCUCGUAAUUGUGGUAGACACUAACCCAGUAUGGUGGGGUGAUGAUCAAAGUGGUGAAGUUGGCAAAAUUAGCCUUUCAAAAUGUAUGGAUUGUGUUAUGGUAUUUGCCAACUCCCAUCUGAUGCUCAGUCAUGUUAAUAAACUUGCUGUUAUAGCUGCACACACAAAUCAGAGUCAGUUUUUGUACCCAAAGCAUGACAGUUCAGCUGAAGCUACAGUAGCUGGCAGUGGUGAAUCUAGCAAUAGUUUACCUGUUGACUUUGUUAAUGAUGGAAAGUAUGAGUUAUUUGGUCUCGUCGAUGGUUUUCUUCAGUCAGAAGUCAAGAAACUUGUCUUGAAUAGUUUGGAGGGUGAAAUUUAUUCUGAUUCUUUGAUUGCUGGUGCAAUGACCAUGGCAUUAUGUUAUAUUCAUAGGAUGGAGAAAGAAUGCUCAUUUGGACAGACGUUUUCUUCAAGGAUUCUGGUUAUCAAAGGUUCAGAAGAUAAUCCAGCUCAGUAUAUGAACUUUAUGAAUGCUGUAUUUACCGCACAGAAACAGAAUGUUGUUAUUGAUGCAUGCAUUCUAGAAAAUGAGUCAGGAUUGUUACAACAGGCUUGUGAUAUAACUGGAGGAGUAUACUUAGAGAUUCCACAGAUGGCAGGCCUUCUGCAGUACCUCUUAUGGAUAUUUCUGCCAGAUCCAAAUAUACGACAUAAAUUAACCCUUCCUCCAAAAGCUCAAGUGGAUUAUCGAGCGGCCUGCUUCUGUCAUCGAAACCUCAUAGAUAUUGGAUACGUCUGCUCGGUUUGUUUGUCAAUUUUUUGCACCUUCAGUCCAAUAUGUUCCACUUGUCAGACAACUUUCAAACUUCUGGGACCACCAAAACUAAGCAAGAAGAAAUCAAAGAAAACUGCAUCAUGACGCCAAGUGGUGGUUUUGGGUUGACUAUCCAAUACUUGGCAGAAGUAUACAACUUAGAAAAAAAGAUUCAAUGUCACAGCUUUUCCUUCUAUUUUCAAUAGAGGAGAAUGCUAUGUAGACAACGUUAGACAUCAAGGAGUCAUUGUAGGAAGCAUUCUUAAGGAAAGGUUAUGACUGAGGAACUAAUUUGAUGUGACAUGUGCAACAUUUUUGUGUCCUUGUGAUAUAUCUUAAGAUUUGACAAGACAUUCGAAUCUCCAGGGCUUAAAUUGUCAGCAUGUUGCUACUUUUAUAUAAACUGACUAAAACAGUAUUAUUGUAUAAAUUACUUCAUGUUCAAAAAGGGUUCAUAUGGGUUACGGAAAUCAUCAAAGAUCAUGGAAUUUGCCAUUGUUGUUUCCCAGACUGGUAAGGUCGGAAUAUCUGAGUUGGAUAGGAAGGCCUAAGAAAUUGUAUGAUAUUUUUUUAUGUUAUUUGCAUCAAAACUUUUUAAUCAUAUGUUGAUUGUUGCCAAAAUUAUUUAAAAUCUGUUUCAAAACUAUAUAAAAAAUUGCUUUAAAAGUCAUGGAAUUUGGUGUAAUAAACAUCAAGGUGUAUGAACUGCUGUGUUAAUAAAAACAAAAUUAACAA